AUGGUAGCAAUAGCCCCUUCUCUUUCACCUUAUACUGACCGCUACCUCUCUGACCAUGCUUCAGUUUUCUGUGAUAUUCAAUUUGAUAAGCCAUCACUGACUGUUAAAAGUGUAACUUAUAGGAAAUGGAAAUCAGUAGAUGUGCCUUCUCUUAACCAUGAUAUCGCUAUGUUGGAAUUAUGCACGAAUCCUCCAAAUGAUCUAGAUGAAUUAAUUGCUUGUUAUAAUAACACUUUGAAGGCACAUUUCGAUAAAUAUGCACCACCUAAAACAAAAACGAUAACAGUAAGAGCGCGGGUGCCUUGGUUUAAUGAACAGCUUAGGAAAGCAAAGCAUGAAAGACGGAAUGCAAAGAGGAAAUGGGGAGUGUCUAAGUCAGAUGUAGACUUUGUUAAUUUCAAAGGCAAGCAAAACUUAGUUAACAGACUCAUGUGUAAAGCGCGUACAGAAUAUUAUACGAGUUUCAUUGAGGAGAACAGUGGUGAUCAGAAAAAAUUGUUUAAUGCAAGUAAACGCCUGUUUGGUCAACAUCAUGAUGAUGGUCUUCCUCCUAAUUUAAACUGUGAAGCUUUUGUUAGUGACAUGGGAAAGUAUUUUGUACAAAAGAUUGGAAACAUACGGAGAAAACUAGAUAAUAACAAGGUGCAUGCCUCAUCUAGAUAUUUGCAGAAUACUUCUGUUCCACAUGCCGUCGAGGAGUCCGUGCCAAAGUUUUCGGAGUUUAGUGCCCUUACUGAACUUGAUGUAAAAACUCUAAUUGGUCGUGCUGCAUUGAAGACCUGUAAUUUAGAUCCAAUGCCAUCAAAGUUGGUUUCCCAGUGUGAUGCAUUGUUUCCCAUCAUAACACGAAUUAUCAACCUCUCUUUACAAACUGGCCAGUUUCCACAGUUAUGGAAAGAGGCACUUGUCCAUCCACUCCUAAAAAAAGCUGGGUUUGGAAGCCAUUUUCAAGAAUUUUAGACCGAUAUCCAAUUUAACAUUUGUGUCAAAACUUGCAGAGAGAGCUGUGUUUGAACAGAUGCAUGUUCAUAUGGUAGAUCAUGAUUUGUAUCCACCAGGACAGUCCAUCAUAUCGGAAAAACCACAGUACUGAAACUGCACUGCUGAAGGUGAAAAAUGACUUACUGAUGAACAUGAACAAACAACAUGUUUCACUCCUUGUUUUUCUGGACAUGAGUGCGGCCUUUGACACAGUAGAUCACGGUAUUAUGAUAGAGCGUUUAUCAUCUAAACUAAGAUUUUCCGGUACAGUAAUCAGUUGGUUCCAGUAAUACCUAUGCGGGAGAUCUCAGUGUGUCACUGUUUGUGGUACUGUCUCUGAUAGGUUUGAUGUGGCCUAUGGCGUUCCUCAGGGAUCUUGUUUAGGACCUCUAUUGUUUACAAUUUAUGUGAGUAAACUGUGUGAUAUCGUUCAGAGGCACUUACCAGACGUUCAUUGCUAUGCCGAUGAUUCACAGUUGUAUGUUGCAUUUAGACCUAAAGUCGAAUCUGAGCAAUCGGAUGCUGUCACAGCAAUGGAACGAUGCAUUGAAGACAUUAGGAAAUGGAUGAGUGAAGACAAGUUGCUUUUGAAUGAUGAAAAGACUGAGUUCCUCCUUAUCGGAACUAAACAACAACUCGCCAAGGUUAACCUCGAUCACAUUACUGUUGGAACCACUGAUAUUGCUCCUCAACCUGUUGCCAAAAAUCUCAGGGUAUGGAUGGUCUAACCUUACCAUGAGUACACACAUUUUAAGAACUAGUUCCUGUGGGUUUUAUUUCUUAUAUAACAUAAGACGUAUCAGAAAAUAUCUUACCAGAGAAUUGACUGAGACAUUAAUACAUGCAUUCAUAUCAAGUCGUUUGGACUAUUGCAACAGUUUGUUGUAUGGACUACCCAAUUGUCAGCUGGCUAAGUUACAAAGAGUGCAAAAUGCUGCUGCACGUCUAAUAUUUCAGGAAUCGAAGUAUUGUCGAAUUACACCUCUCUUGAAGAACUUACAUUGGCUACCCGUCAAAUAUCGUAUUAACUUUAAAGUACUUUUACUUACGUUCAAAGCCAUUCAUGGAAUGGCUCCACAGUAUCUAAGUAACCUUCUCAAGAAAUCUAAUAGAUACAGUCUUCGUUCUAGCAAUACUUUAUUACUUAGCACUCCGUCCCUCAAGUCAUUUAAGACUUUGGGAGAUAGGGCAUUCUGUAUGGCUGCCCCAGCGUUGUGGAAAAGUCUACCAUACUCUAUUAGAAAUUGUAGCGCUGUAAAUAAUUUUAAACAAUUAGUUAAGACGUUUUUAUUUCGUCAAGCUUUUGAUUAGCUUGGAACGGUUUUUUAGUGUAAUAUAUUUGUAAAAUUCUUAACUUCUGUAAUGCGCAUUUGAAAAUUGUAUGGUUGAUAAAUGCGCAAUAUAAGCUAAUAAAUUAUUAUUAUUAUUACAUAUCAAAAUGAUGAUUGAUAACACAACUGCUGUUUCUGUCAUACAUAAUAUGGGUACCUGUCAUAGUGACCCAUGUAACUCAAUUGCCCUGUCAAAUUUGGACACUGUGUGAGGAAACUUGUAUUUGGCUUACAGCAGCCCAUAUUCCAGGCAAAGAAAACGUUAUGGAUGCUCAAUCCAAAGUAUUUAUCUCAGGCAUUAGAAGGGAUACACUUCACUCCUGUGAUUGAUUUAUUUGCGCCCCUCAUUAAUAAGCAAUUUGACCAGUAUGUGUCCUACAGACCAGAUCCAUUUGCUAGCGACAUCGAUGCAUUUACUAUACCCUGGGCAGAUACAAAUUUCUACUGUUUUCCUCCAUUCAGUUGUAUACUCAGAGUUGUAAGAAAGAUCAUACACGACAGAGCCAGGCGAGUUCUAGUAGUACCACAAUGGCCAACACAGUCAUGGUACCCUAUGCUCUUACCAAUACUGGCGCAACCACCGGUUGUCCUUUCACCACCUCAGAAUCUGUUACUGCUGCCGUCCAAGCCAGCGCAGAGACACCCUCUACACAAGAAGCUAAGACUAGCUAUUUGUCUUGUAUCAGAGGAAAAUUACAGGUAAGAGGGUCCUCUACAGAUACGAUUGACAUCAUUUUGAGUUCUUGGCGUGAAGGUACACAAUCUCAGUACCAGUCUGUUGCUAAGAAAUGGUUUGAAUUUUGUGAAAAGAAUCAUUGUGAUGUUGUUUCUACUCCUGUGCCUUUAGCAAUGAGUUUUCUCUCUGAAUCAUUUCAUUAUGGCUUAUCAUACAGCUAUAUUAACACAGCUAGAAGUGUUUUGUCUUCUUUUUUACAUGUUGAUAGUCAUAUAGUGUUUGGUCAAUUACCCAUUGUGAAAAGAUUCAUGAAAGGUGUAUUUGAAAAACGACUAGAUAUAGUUCGACUUUGGAUGUGAAUGUUGUAUUCUCUUAUUUUAGGAAGCAAGAGCCUGUGAAUUUGCUUUCCCUGAGAGAUCUCAGUCAUAGGUUUGCAUUCUUAUUGUGUCUACUUAGUGGUCAAAGAUGUAAGACAAUUUAUAAUUUCUCAUUGGACAAUAUGUCCAUUGAAGAUAGUAAAGCCAUGUUUAUUAUAACUGAAAAAUUGAAUCAUACUUGGGCAGGUAGACAUCAACCUCCAUUGGAAUUCUUAGCUUAUACGAUUGAUCAAAAACUAUGUAUUGACACUCAUUUGAAAGUAUACCUUGACAAGACAAAGUCUUUACGAAAUGAUGAAAAACAGUUAUUUAUUAGUUGUAUACGACCUCACAAGGCAGUCUCGCCUGAGACCAAUCUCUAA